UUGAAUUUAUACAAAAUGUCGAUAUUUCUUUGCACAAUUUCUGUAAUGUGAAAAUCGUUAAUCUAAAUUUCAACAUACAGUGAUUUAGAAGUAACACGCUCUGGGGAGUUACACCAAUUCUUUGAAAUUGUAUUUAUUUGUAAUUUUCAAAUUAAAGUAUCAGUGUUCAUGUUUAAGUUUGGUGGCUCGUUUACGUUAUGUAUUCGAGUGGGUGUCCAUAUCUUCUAGAAUAUUUAAGUUUAAUCACAAUCGAAUAAUAUUUAGCAUAUCAUUAGUUAAACAGUAUAUAAAUCGCUACUCCGAAUAAAUAUAUUGUGGCUUUAUCGUUGAGAGAAACGACGUUUUACUUAGAACCAUGGAGUCUCGGACGGAAUUUAAAAUAAAAUCUCCUCCGACCGAUGCCAUUUCGGCGGUGGAGUUCGGACCGAAUUCAACACAGUUCCUUCUUGUCUCUUCAUGGGACAGCACAGUUCGGUUGUAUGAUAUUCAUGCCAAUACUAUGAGAUUAAAAUAUAAUCAUGAUUUGCCAGUUCUAGACGUUGCAUUUCAGGAUGCUGUUCAUGCUUAUAGUGGAGGUUUGGGAAACACUUUGAAGAUGUACGAUAUCAAUAGCAAUUCUGAAUCAAUAAUGGGAACACAUGAUAAACCAAUUAGAAAAAUUGAAUAUUGUGCCGCGGUAAAUGCAAUAUUAACUGGUGGAUGGGAUGCUGCAGUAAAACUUUGGGAUCCUAGAACACCCACAUGCGUAGGUAGUUAUUUACAACCAGAUGUUGUCCUCGCUUUGUCCGUGUGUGGAGAUAAAUUUGUAGUUGGCACAGCCAAACGAAAAGUUUGUAUUUGGGAUCUGAGGAACAUGGCUGGCAUGUUUCAAAGACGUGAAAGUAGUUUGAAGUAUCAAACACGUUGCAUUAAAGGCUUUCCUAACGAGCAAGGAUAUGUUCUUAGCAGUAUAGAGGGUCGCGUUGCUGUUGAAUAUCUUGAUACUACACCAGAGGCACAAAAAAAGAAAUAUGCUUUUAAGUGUCAUAGGAUUAAAGAAAAUAACGUAGAACAUAUAUAUCCAGUGAAUGCUAUUAGUUUUCAUUCGACAUAUAAUACAUUUGCAACUGGUGGUUCGGAUGGUUAUGUAAACAUUUGGGAUGGUUUUAACAAAAAGCGCUUGUGUCAAUUUCAUAGAUAUAAUGCUGGCGUUGCUGCCCUUAGUUUUAGCCACGACGGUUCUGUACUUGCUAUAGGAGUAUCGUAUUUGAAUGAAGCUGAAAUUCCACCAGGAGGAAAAGAUGAAAUCGAAAUUUAUAUAAGAUAUGUAAACGACCAAGAAACCAAACCAAAAUAAUAUCAUAUUUAUGUAAAAUAAUUUUAUAUAAAAUAGUUGACAACAUUUCAAUUGUAUUCUGCUUUAUUAAAGCAGUAAAAAUUGGAUGCUGAUGACUUUCCAUAGAAUCUGAUCCUUUUAUAAUGUAUAUAUUUACAGUUGUGUAUUUUACACUUUUAUAAAUCAAUUGUAAACUAUUCAGAAUAAAUAACCUGUUCAGAAU